AGGAAGGAAGACCCCGAACCAACCGCCGCCACGACACCGACGGCCUGAGGUGGUUGGGCACAGGUUGUCCGUCGACCAGAGUCUCCUGGCUCUCUGUCCGAGAGUGAAUGCGGUUGAUGCUGCUCUGCUGCACCUGGAAGGACGGACGCAUGGGAGAGGAGGAUGCUGGAGAAAGUUUACCCGUGUGUGCGGGGUGCAAAUUGAGGAUCUACGAUGAGCAGUACCUUCAGGCUCUCAAGACUGACUGGCACAUCGUCUGCUUCAGAUGCUGUGAGUGCAGCACCUCGUUGUCCCACUGGUACUAUGAAAAAGAUGGACGGCUCUUCUGCAAAAAUGACUACUGGGCCAAGUUUGGAGAGCUGUGCCAUGGCUGCAAUGACCUUAUCACCACUGGCCUCAUUAUGGUUGCAGGGGAGCAAAAAUAUCACCCUGAAUGCUUCACCUGUCUGAACUGCAGGACAUUCAUCGGUGAUGGAGACACAUACGCUCUGGUGGAGAGAUCCAAACUCUACUGUGGUCACUGCUACUACGAGACCAUCGUCACCCCCGUAUCGCUGCCGGACUCGCCAUGCUCACGGAUCCCUCACACAGUCACGCUGGUGUCGAUCCCUGCGUCCGCCGAGGGUGCCAACGGGCGUCGGGGGAGGGGCUUCUCUGUGGCUAUCAACCAGCCGCUCAGCCCGAAUGAAGACUGCAGUCCUGAACUUGGACGCACAGUCAGGGUCUCCCAAGUGGAUGCCAACUGCAUCAGUCCAGAUGUGAAAAAUUCCAUCCACGUGGGAGACAGGAUCCUAGAAAUCAAUGGGACUCCCAUUCACAACGUUCCUUUGGAUGAGAUCGACCUGCUCAUUCAGGAGACGAGUCGGCUGCUCCAGCUCACGAUCGAACACGACCCUCACAAUCAGGUGCAAGAGGAGAGCACUUCAGAGAUUGGAGAACAGGUUGAUGGCCCCCUGUUCCCCUCACUGUCUGGGGGGCCCAGCCCCAUCCUGCCCAUCACACAACCCCCCAUUCCUGACAUCAGCAACCUGAAAUCGCGCCUUGUCACGCGGAGCUACAGCAUCGAUAAGUCGCCAGGUUCCAGCAAAACUGCGUCGCCCAUCUCGCCAAGGAAAGACGUCAAUCGUUCCGAGUCGCUUCGAGUCGUCUCCAACCGGACACACCGCAUCUUUCGUCCCUCUGACCUCAUCCACGGAGAAGUUCUUGGGAAGGGCUGCUUCGGACAGGCCAUCAAGGUGACCCACAGGGAAACAGGAGAGGUGAUGGUGAUGAAAGAGCUGAUUCGCUUCGAUGAUGAGACGCAAAGAACAUUCCUGAAAGAGGUAAAGGUCAUGCGUUGCUUGGAUCACCCCAAUGUGCUCAAGUUCAUUGGCGUCCUCUACAAAGACAAGCGACUGAACUUCAUAGCAGAGUACAUAAAGGGAGGCACCUUGAGGGAAAUCAUCAAGAAAAUGGAUAGCAACUACCCAUGGAACCAACGGGUCAGUUUUGCCAAGGACAUAGCUGCUGGGAUGUCAUAUCUGCAUUCCAUGAACAUCAUCCACCGAGACCUGAACUCUCACAACUGUCUUGUCCGUGAGAACAACACAUUGGUGGUGGCAGACUUUGGGUUGGCACGGCUCAUGGUGGACGACAAACACGAGGAGAAAUUUCCGCCGGGUAAACUGCCAGGUCUGAAGAGGCCUGAUCGCAGGAAGAGGUACACAGUGGUGGGGAACCCCUACUGGAUGGCCCCUGAAAUGAUCCACGGAAAGAGUUAUGACGAGAGGGUGGACAUCUUUUCAUUCGGUAUUAUGCUGUGUGAGAUCAUUGGCAGGGUCAAUGCUGACCCGGACUACCUCCCCAGGGCGGUGGACUUUGGACUGAACGUGUCAGGCUUCCUCGAACACUACUGUCCCCCCGAUUGUCCCAUUGCUUUCUUCCCCAUAGCUGCUGUGUGCUGUGACCUUGACGCUGAUAAACGCCCGGCUUUCUCCAAACUGGAGGAAUGGUUGGAGAACCUGAAGAUGCACUUGGAAAUGAGUCUGCCGCUUGUGUCUGAAGUAGAGCAGCUGCACAAGGCCUUCUGGGAGAACAACAGCAUCACGUGGCCCGAAAACGGCCUGCACGUCCACCCAGAACAGCCAGAGUAAGGCGGGACGAGGGCAGGAGAGCGUCCAAGUGACAGCCUGCUUCCUUGUGGUGAAGGAAGCAUGUAUUGUAACUCUCUCCACACCCCAAGCAGAUGCAAUACAUGCAGCCUGGUUCAGGCCUAACAAGUAGACUCAGGGGGACAAUUGUGCAUCUGAAAAGCCACUUGUUCAAGAGAAGCGCACGUUGUCAAAGUCCAGUGGAGAGACUUUGACUAUGAGAGCUUGAUUCUACUGCACAUGAUGCUUAAAGUAGAGCAUGACGUAUGCAAUCAGCAUCCGCCUUCCAAAUUGUAACUCAGCUCUUGUGUAAUGUAGAUUUACAUUUGCAGUUACUGCAGUGUAUACAUAUAUGUGGCUUAACCAGCUAAACAACAAAGCAGGAAAAAAAAAAAGUCUUCAAUUUUGGGCUUCUACAGAACACAUCACACACAUGUGUUUUUCAAGUGUUACUUUGAUUUAAUAGUGAGUACUGUCUAGAGAGUGCAUGCCUGUACAUUUUGGUUUCAGUCUCAUUCAUCCUGUCCUAAAACUGUUAAUGCUGAUUGUGUAGCACUGAUUCAACUGUGAGGCACACACACACACAAACACGCACCCACACACACUCACACACACACACGUACACUGUUAAGGCUAAAAUGUUUCAUAGUCUUUUGCAUUUCUCCUUCCUGGUAAUGUGGCAUCUUCAAUAUUCCAAUGUGCACUAGUGUACAUAGGUGACGACAUUGUAAAUGUGGUAAAUAUUGUAAAUGUAAAGACAUAUUUUAUAUACGUAUUUGCAUUAUUGCCAUAUUCUUAUUGGUUGGCCUGACUUACAGUUAUGGAAGUUGAAAAGGUUUUACUGCAGUUUAUGCGGGCCAGCAUUUGCUAGACGAUUACGUUUUACUCCGUUUGAUCUCAUGAUGUGUUGCAAUGUUUCAUCCAGUGUCUGGUUGGUUGCUCCUAUAGAGUUUCCUGCAUUGAAUCUUUUCCGUUAACUUUUGGAAUAUGAUUAAAACACCCUUCAAAUUCUGAAAAGCUAACAGUCUAUCUAUACUGUAUACAGUAUAUCUUUAUAUUGUUCAUCUGAGUAAUACCAGGCUCAUAGUGUGUGUCCUCCUACUGUAUGUUUACAUGUACAUUCUGUCUGUAAAUAUCACAUUAUACUGUGUGACUUUACACGUUUUGUCAGUCUAUGUCCAUUGCAGUAAUGUGCACAAUGGCACUGCGUUGGAAAUGAUCGCUUCCACAAAGUUUCUCACUUGCACCAUUUAAAUCUGUUGGCUGUAAACAAAAAAUUCUGUUUUAUUUCUGGCUUAUGUUCACAAAAGCUGCAUGGUACAAUUACGAAAGUUGGUCUGCCUUCGAAGCCUGAAUAUUGUGAUGUUAAAUAACAUUUUGAAGUAGAUAUUAAAGAACAGCAUCUGUUUUAUAUAAAUAUAUGGAAACCACUGAAAUCUUUUGUAUAGAUUUUCAUUUGCACUAUAUUAACCAAAUGGCUAGUUCAAGCCAUGUUUUUUUUGUUUGUUUGUUUUGCUUCUUUGGGCUACUUGUGAUAAUAAGGAGAUAAUGUUGGUUCAGGUUGAUAUAAUGAUGCAAGACACUGGUUGAGCCUUUGAAAAUGUUAUAUUCAGGAAAAUCCAGCCCCUUGACAUUAAACUGGACUUGAUUUGUGAAAAUGUAACAUUUUGCACGUUGCUUGUGCAAUUUUGAUUGAACAUCAUCAUCCAUCUGUGGUGACAAUUUAGUUUACAUUUUAAAGAUACGAGCAUGUCCAGUUUGAAAGCUCGGGGAGAAUAGAGUUUUCCUGUGUUUGCUUCUCCGAGGAUGUGAUGUCCCAGCUUUGCUUGCUGCCUUGCUCAGUGGUCCUUGCCAACCAAGUCGUUUGUAGUGUCUGAUGACUGGGCUGCAAACACUGAGUCUUUUAUCCCAAAACAGCACUUAACUUUCACCUCUUCAUCACUCCUUUGGCUCAGGGCCGUCCUUUCCUGGUGUUCCUUCACCAGGAAGUCAAUCCACAACACAGUAGUAAACAAUGAGACUUAAAGAGCAUGUGAUAACUGUACAGCUUUCUAUUCAAAACUGCUUAUUCAUCGCAAACCAUUCCGCAGUGAUGUGUUAUCACUAAUUCCUGUGUGAACAUGUUGAUGAUGUCUCUGUGAGGACGGCGUGAUGAUCAAUUAGAAUGUUGCCGCAGCACUUCUUUGCAAAGGAUCAAUACCUCUGAUCAAUGCUGUGCCUUUGUUUGUUGUAAGCUAGCCUUGCCAACGACUUGAAAAAUGACCUGAUUUCCUGAUUAUUCUUUUUUUUUUUCUUUUUUUUUUGUAAUGUAUCAUACGUGCAAGCCUGACUCCAGUGGACUGAAUAUCAUUGCUGAUAGUGUUUGUACAAGAUUUUCUUCCAGUCCCAUUUCAUAUUUGUAUUUUCCUGACCUUCACUCUCAUGUUUUGAUAUUUUAAUAUUAUACUUCUUCUUUUGUUGUCUUAUUUAAUUUUUACGCAAGCUGUGAAUACAAUUCUGCACUUUAAAUCCUGAACGUGAACAUUCGAACUCCCGAGAUGAGUGUUUUUUUUUGUUUUUCUUUUUACUUUUUGUCACAGCUGAAAAUAAAAUUGUUUCUCUUUAAACAAACGAGUUUGUGUU